GCGGGAAACCCUAAGGUGAUUUCCUAGGUGGGAUCUUUGAGGGCAGCCCGGCGUAGCACUGCCAUGGACCCGUUCCUGGUGCUGCUGCACUCGCUGUCAGGCAGUCUGUCGGGCAACGAUCUGACGGAGCUCAAGUUCUUGUGCCGCGAGCGCGUGAGCAAACGAAAGCUGGAGCGCGUGCAGAGUGGCCUGGACCUGUUCUCGGUGCUGCUAGAGCAGAACGACCUGGAGCGCGGGCGCACCGGGCUGCUGCGCGAGUUGCUGACCUUGCUGCGCAGACACGACCUAGUGCAGCGCCUGGACGACUACGAGGCGGGGGUGGCGACCACUGCGCCCCCUGCGGAGGCAGAUCUGCAGGUGGCAUUUGACAUUGUGUGUGACAAUGUGGGGAGAGACUGGAAAAGACUGGCCCGAGUGCUGAAGUUGUCUGAGGCCAAGAUUGAUGGGAUUGAGGAGAAGUACCCCCGAAGUCUGAGCGAGCGGGUAAGGGAGACUCUGAGGGUCUGGAAGAAUGCCGAGAAGGAGGACGUGGCUGAGCUGGUCAGGGCGCUGAGGUUCUGCCAGCUGAACCUGGUGGCUGACCUGGUCGAAGAAGCAUUGAUGGCCCAGGGAUCUUUGAGCAAGAGCAAGAGUAAGGAUAUGUCCCCAAUGCUAAGGGACUCAACUGUGUCUUCCUCAGAAACACCCUGACAAGCCUGCGAUUCCUCUCAGGAGUCACUGUGGACUUCUUCACACCGUGAAGUGCCUUUCAUGCCCAGUGCCAAGCCCUUGCUGAUCCAGGCCCGGCCCCCUCACACCAGAUCCUGGGUAUAGCUCUGUCUAUGGAUCCUCUGUUCCCUGGGCUUUCAAGUCGCAUGAAAGUUCCCCACCGUGUUCUCCACCACUGCUCCUUCCCUCCAAGAGGUCAUCCCUGGUCUUGCAAGGAGGGAGUUGAAGCUAAUGGCACACAUACUGACUGCAGUUUGAGAGCCUUCCCGUUGUUCCUUGGAAGACACCAACCCAGUUCAGAGAACUUGGUUGCCUCAAAGUUGGCCAAGAGGACAUCUGUCUCAUAUCCUUGGAGGCCAUCAGACAGCAGCUCCUGACCCCCAAACAAGUGUAAGAGCCCUGUGAGAACUGAUUUUAAAGUUCAUCACCAAAAUCACUGGCUCUGUGAAGGACUGCGGUUUAAAGGGAAGCACCUUGCCUCCAUGGUGGUCUGUAAGCAAGUGCCCUGGGCCUAGAUAUAGUGGCUCACUCUGAAAUCCUAGCACUUAAGAGUUGAGAACUACUGCACUUUACAGCAGCCAGAGUUACAAAUGAGACCUUCUCACAGAAACACACAAAAGCAAGUGCCUUUACCUGGAGAUAACCCGUGUCACCAAGAAUUUCUAGUAUAUUAAGAACCCUUCUGAUCUCAGAAAUCGCAGCAGGCUGACUACAGUGUGCUCAGAGCCCUGGGUGCUAGUUGUGAAUGGGGUGAUGUGAUUCCUUCACACCAGCAGGGGCCCUGACUGCCAUACUUGGAGCCAAAUAAACCAUUCCUUGUCUCAGCUUUCCAA